GGUGCCAAGAUAAGAAAGGGGAGGAUGUAGUGGUAGAUAACGUGACUGUGAAAGUGGAGGGCGACGGGCCUCUGACGUGGAAUGUAGACAAGACUCACUUAGAUGAAGGACACUCACAAGGCAGAUAUUUCUUAGAUUACAGGGAAAGCUUGGAGACAAAUCCAAAUGUGACCCACUCCCAUUUGCACGUGCUCAGAGAUCGUGAACCUGUGUCCACGUCGAUGGGGCCUUCCAAUUCACAUGGCUGCGUCCUUUUCGAUCAGGUAUUGAACUCAGAAGACAAAAGGGCCAAGGUUCAGGGACAGACACCAACAUCCGGCAAUAGCAAAGAGAAACAGUUCCUCUGCGUGUUCUGUAACAAAGGCUUCAGCUGCCCCCAGAAGGUGGAGAUCCACCAGAGGGUCCAUACAGGGAUAAAACCCUUCAGCUGUACCCAGUGUCACAUGUGCUUCGCUGAUGCUGGCAACUUGAAGAGACACCAGAGGGUCCACACAGGGGAGAAACCCUUCAUCUGUACCCAGUGUCAGAUGCGUUUCACCCAGGCUUGCCACCUGAAGAGGCACCAGAGAGUCCACACAGGGGAGAAACCUUUCAGCUGCCCCCGGUGUCAUAUGUGCUUUGCCCAGGCUGGCAACCUGAAGAUGCACCUGAAGGUCCACACUGAAGAGAGGCCGUUUGCCUGUUUGCACUGCGGGAAGAGGUUCUCAGAAAGGAGCUACCUCAAGAUACACCUGCAGAAAAACCAUUCCACUCGAUAGCUUCAGAUUUUCAUUGUCAGCAGAAAAGAUCCACAGAUGCAUUCGGAAUAAUGAGAGUAACAGAUUUCAAUGUUGAAUAUUACUGGGUAGAAUAUUGCAUCCAGAUAUUGUGUGAUAUACAACGCAUAUAUAAGCCUAAAAAGUCUGUUACAUAUUGGGUUUGUACUGUGUAGGCUAUAUGGUGUUCAGCAAUGCCUGUUUCAUUACCUCCAUUCAACUACUUAAUUUCUUAUCCAAGACAAUUUUUAGGAGAAAAUUAAUGCAGUUUAUCAAGUUCCUGAUAAUUUUUUUGUUGAGACAUUACAUUUACAAUUCAAUCAUUUAGCAGAUGCUCUUAUCCAGAGCAACUUAUCACAGUCAUAGCAAGUACAGUUUACCUCAAUAAAGUAGU